AUGGGAGUGGUGGUGGCAACUGGAGUUAACACAGAAAUCGGCAAGAUCCGGGAUGAAAUGGUCGCAACGGAACAAGAGAGAACACCCCUUCAGCAGAAGCUAGAUGAGUUCGGGGAACAGCUCUCCAAAGUCAUCUCCCUGAUUUGUAUCGCAGUCUGGAUCAUAAACAUUGGGCACUUCAAUGACCCAGUCCAUGGGGGCUCCUGGAUCAGAGGUGCUAUUUACUACUUCAAAAUCGCAGUGGCCCUGGCUGUCGCAGCCAUUCCUGAAGGUCUGCCCGCUGUCAUCACUACCUGCCUAGCUCUCGGAACUCGUAGGAUGGCAAAGAAAAAUGCCAUUGUUCGAAGCCUCCCUUCUGUGGAAACCCUCGGUUGUACUUCUGUUAUCUGCUCUGACAAGACCGGUACACUUACGACAAACCAGAUGUCAGUCUGCAGGAUGUUCAUUCUGGACAAAGUUGAAGGUGAUACUUGUUCCCUUAAUGAGUUUACCAUAACUGGGUCAACAUAUGCACCUAUUGGAGAAGUGCAUAAAGAUGAUAAGCUAGUGAAAUGCCACCAGUACGACGGGCUUGUGGAAUUAGCAACAAUCUGUGCCCUUUGUAAUGACUCUGCUUUGGAUUACAAUGAGGCGAAGGGUGUGUAUGAAAAAGUUGGAGAAGCUACAGAGACUGCUCUGACCUGCCUGGUAGAGAAGAUGAACGUGUUUGAUACUGAGUUGAAGGGUCUUUCUAAAAUAGAACGUGCCAAUGCCUGCAACUCGACAGCUACAGCUGCCUUGUCUCCUCAGACUGGCAAUAGCUCCUUCCUCACCUUCAUCCUCAGACCUUUUGCUGCCUCUUCAGCACAGCAGGCUGCCCUCUGCUUCCUCGCCUGGUGGGACCUCUCCACCACCAUCCACCUUGCCCAUCUGUCAGAUAUUUACCUGAGUGUCAUUAAACAGCUGAUGAAAAAGGAGUUUACUCUGGAGUUUUCUCGUGACAGGAAAUCUAUGUCGGUUUACUGUACACCAAACAAACCAAGCCGGACAUCAAUGAGCAAGAUGUUUGUGAAGGCAAGUAUGGAAGAUUGGGAUGAAGAUGUUCUGACCAGGGUUGAUGUGGCCGGAGCACCCGAAGGUGUCAUUGACAGGUGCACUCACGUUCGAGUUGGAAGUACAAAGGUCCCUAUGACCCCUGGAGUCAAACAGAAGAUCAUGUCUGUCAUUCGGGAAUGGGGCAGUGGCAGUGACACAUUGCGAUGCCUGGCCCUGGCCACUCAUGACAACCCACUGAGGAGGGAAGAAAUGCACCUCGAAGACUCGGCCAACUUCAUUAAAUACGAGACCAAUCUGACUUUCGUCGGCUGUGUGGGCAUGCUGGAUCCUCCGAGAAUUGAGGUGGCCUCCUCUGUGAAGCUGUGUCGGCAAGCAGGCAUCCGGGUCAUCAUGAUCACAGGGGACAAUAAGGGCACUGCUGUGGCCAUCUGUCGCCGCAUUGGCAUCUUCGGGCAGGACGAGGAUGUGACAGCCAAGGCUUUCACGGGUCGGGAGUUUGACGAACUCAAUCCCUCAGCCCAGAGGGAUGCCUGCUUGAAUGCCCGCUGUUUCGCUCGGGUUGAGCCCUCUCACAAGUCCAAGAUCGUAGAGUUUCUUCAGUCUUUUGAUGAGAUUACAGCUAUGACUGGCGAUGGGGUGAAUGAUGCUCCUGCUCUGAAGAAAGCCGAGAUUGGUAUUGCCAUGGGUUCUGGCACCGCAGUGGCUAAAACUGCCUCUGAAAUGGUCCUGGCCAAUGACAACUUCUCGACCAUCGUAGCUGCUGUGGAGGAUGGGCGGGCCAUAUACAACAACAUGAAGCAGUUCAUCCGCUACCUCAUCUCGUCCAACGUGGGGGAAGUCGUCUGUAUUUUCCUGACAGCGGCGCUUGGCUUUCCUGAGGCUUUGAUUCCUGUCCAGCUGCUCUGGGUCAAUCUGGUGACAGACGGCCUGCCUGCUACUGCGCUGGGCUUCAAUCCCCCUGAUCUGGACAUCAUGAAUAAACCUCCACGGAACCCCAAGGAGCCACUCAUCAGUGGCUGGCUCUUCUUCCGUUACCUGGCUAUUGGCUGUUACGUCGGCGCUGCUACCGUGGGUGCUGCUGCGUGGUGGUUCAUCGCUGCCGACGGCGGUCCCAGAGUGUCCUUCUACCAGCUGAGUCAUUUCCUCCAGUGUAAAGAGGACAACCCGGACUUUGAAGGAGUGGAUUGUGCAAUCUUUGAAUCUCCCUACCCAAUGACAAUGGCACUGUCUGUCCUAGUAACCAUCGAGAUGUGUAACGCGCUCAACAGCUUGUCUGAGAACCAGUCCUUGCUGAGGAUGCCCCCAUGGGAGAACAUCUGGCUCGUGGGCUCUAUCUGCCUGUCCAUGUCGCUCCACUUCCUGAUUCUCUAUGUAGAGCCUUUGCCACUUAUCUUCCAGAUCACACCGCUGAAUUUGACCCAGUGGCUGAUGGUGCUGAAAAUCUCCUUGCCUGUGAUUCUCAUGGACGAGACCCUCAAGUUCGUGGCCCGCAACUACCUGGAGCCUGGUAAAGAGACACCUGCUCAGCAAGGUGCCAGGGAGAGCCCACACCAGACUGAAGCCGAGGAAGGGAGCCUCGUUCCUGCUGCUUUGGAUAGACUGACAGGCCGAAGGAAGGAUGCUUCCUCGGGUAGUGAAGUAAAGAGUCAAAAAAAGGAUAAAGCUUUUACCUUUGUUAACUGCAAGGAAUCAUUCCAGAACUUUGCUGCCUUGUUCAUUAAAAAGCAGAAGCUGGUGCGAGCAGGUAGCAAGCCCUGGUUACUGGGAUGCCAGAAGAUGUGCUGUAGCUACCUGGAGCCCCGGGAGAAGCUGAGGGGUGUGAAUGAAGCAGCACAGCUUGGCUGCUGCAGAGUUGAAAGGUCCCGGCGUAGGGGGCGGAAGUGGGACAGGGAUGACAAAGCACAGACCUGGUCAGGCUCUGUGAAGCCUCAGGCUGCUUGCAAGUGA